UAUACACAGAGGCAUUGGGCGCUGAAAAGGAAGGCGUUCAGCCUGGACGCAGAUAGGCAACAGCAACACUGACUUUUAUUUACACGUUUUCCGUUACUGUGCUUUCGAGCAUCGUGACACCGAGCACAGCGUGAACCAUGGCUGACAAAGAAGUGUACGAUGAUGCCGUGGAAGAAAGAGUCAUUAAUGAAGAGUACAAGAUCUGGAAGAAGAACACACCUUUCCUCUACGACCUGGUCAUGACCCAUGCACUCGAGUGGCCCAGCCUCACUGUCCAGUGGCUCCCAGACGUUCGCAGACCAGAGGGGAAGGACUACACCGUCCACCGGCUGGUCUUAGGCACCCAUACGUCAGAUGAGCAGAACCACCUUGUGAUUGCCAGUGUCCAAGUACCAAAUGAUGACGCUCAGUUCGAUGCCUCGCAUUACGACAGUGACAAAGGAGAGUUCGGUGGCUUUGGUUCAGUCAGUGGUAAAAUAGAGAUUGAGAUCAAGAUCAACCACGAAGGUGAGGUGAACAGAGCUCGCUACAUGCCCCAGAAUCCCUGCAUCAUCGCCACCAAGACUCCCACGUCUGACGUGUUGGUCUUCGACUACACCAAACACCCGUCUAAGCCAGAUCUCAGUGGGGAGUGUAGCCCUGACCUGAGGCUCAAAGGUCACCAGAAAGAAGGAUAUGGACUUUCCUGGAACCCCAACCUCAGUGGGAACCUCCUCAGUGCCUCCGACGACCACACCAUCUGUCUGUGGGACAUUGGAGGAAGCCCAAAGGAAGGAAAGAUUUUGGACGCCAAGACCAUUUUCACUGGACACACGGCAGUGGUGGAAGACGUGUCCUGGCAUUUGCUCCACGAGUCUCUGUUUGGUUCAGUGGCCGACGACCAGAAGCUCAUGAUUUGGGACACUCGCUCCAACAACACGUCCAAACCCAGUCACGCAGUAGACGCUCACACGGCGGAGGUCAACUGUCUGAGCUUCAACCCUUACAGUGAGUUCAUCCUGGCCACCGGAUCAGCUGACAAGACAGUUGCAUUGUGGGAUUUGCGGAACCUGAAGCUCAAGCUCCACUCGUUUGAGUCCCACAAAGAUGAAAUCUUCCAGGUACAAUGGUCUCCUCAUAAUGAGACCAUUCUGGCCUCCAGUGGAACUGACCGACGCCUCAACGUCUGGGAUCUCAGCAAAAUUGGAGAGGAACAGUCGGCUGAAGAUGCUGAGGACGGUCCACCAGAGCUGCUGUUCAUCCACGGCGGUCACACCGCUAAGAUCUCAGACUUCUCCUGGAACCCCAACGAACCCUGGGUCAUCUGCUCGGUGUCAGAAGACAACAUCAUGCAAGUCUGGCAGAUGGCGGAAAACAUCUACAACGACGAGGAGCCAGACAACACCCCUGCAUCAGAGCUGGAAGCUCAGGGAUCCUAAGCAGCUCUGCACAAAUCUGUCAAGGCUCCCCCUCCCUCCCCCCUGCCCCCAAAUCUACUCCCUGAAAUUCCCGAUCCCAAACUCAAGUCACAGUUUGCAGCUUCUCUGUUCCACUUCACUCAAAUACUAAAACGUCAAACUCAUUCCCUCCACACUGAUCAUGUGUGGCCCAGGUUCCUGAAGCACUUGGAUUAGAUUAUAAUCUGAGCUCCAAUGUCUGGGAGGGGAGGGAAGGGGGGGAUGGGGGUCACUCACACUGGUCAUGCCCAACAGAACAAGUGUCAUUUCUUUCCAUUUGGACUCUCAAUAAACCAGUCACAAAGGCUUCUGUGAAGACAUAAAUGUUGGAAGAAAACUAGGUUUACAUACAUUUUACAUUGAUGCCAACUCCCACCCCGCCCCCACCUGCCAUGAGAACGCUUGGCCAUAAUGGUUGUAUCUAGAGCUUUGCAUAAAGAAACAUUCCUGUCUUUUCUUUUUUCCCCUCCUGGUCAAACUGAGGCUCUGCUGCACCUGGUACUUACACACAUGGUAUCCUGUAUUGACACUGUUGGAACCAGGAGUUCUCUGGUCACUGAGGGCAGGUUUUCAGGUUCUGGCCCCAGCACGGACUACUUAAUACUAAUUCUGACAGCAGUUUAGAGACAAACAGCCGAUUGGUCACUUUACACCAUUCAUUUCGUCAUGAUUUCAACGCAUUUUAUGGUUUAUGAUGCAUGCUGCCGAUUUAGCCAGUGAAAACGUUGAGUUGCUGCCGAGUCUAUGAGACCUGGGUUCAAGAUGACGUGUUUCUGUUGUAUGUGUUUAGAUGUUGAGCAA